AUGUUCGAGGAUGCCGUGUGCACCAAGACACCGGCAAGAGUCAGUACGCCUUUAUCGGUAAUCACCGAGGCGUUUGAAGAUCUCGCGGAUUUGCUAAAACCGCGGUGGAAAGAGCGAUCCGAAGAGGAAGAAGAAGGAGACGGAUUAAGGCUUGAGGCUUUCUGUAGUGCAUGUACUCACGUCUCUGUUCUCUUUGGUUGCCUCGGAUUCGCCUUCAAAUUCGCUGAAAUGGAAUAUGUCUCCAAGGUUAAGGAUUUGGUGGAAGCAUCGAAAACAUUCGACACGUUACAAAACAUUUUGGAUCUAGACGUGGAGAAAGAAACGGUUAAAACACCGGGAAGCCAUUCGCGUAACCUAAGACGUGUAAGGCAAGGCUUAGACCUAAUCCGCGCGAUCUUUGAACAAUUCUUGAUCACAGAUCAUGAGUAUUCUUUGAAAGAUGCUGCAACAACAGCUUAUACAGAAGUAUGUGCACCGUUCCAUACGUGGGCCGUUCGGACCGCGGUUUACGCCGGAAUGUAUACACUUCCGUCAAGGGAUCAACUUCUGUUACGACUUAACGAAACAGAUCAAUCUGUUGAGAAGAACAUGAGGAGGUACAUGGAAGCGUCACGACCGAUCAUAGAGUAUAUUGACAAGCUUUACAUUGAAAGGAAUAUUAAAUUGGAUUGGUAA